AUGACCCGCACGGACCCGCCAGACCUGUUGGUGUCGACCGUGUACCAGGACAUCAAGGUGGCGGCCCCGGGGCCCUCGUCUACGCGCCCGCCAUGUGAGCGCUCCAUGGCCCGGCCUGCUGCUCCCGUGCCUUUCAACAAGCGCCACUGCCGCAGCUUCGACUUCCUGGAGGCGCUGGAUGGGGCGGCCAUGGAGGCCCUACCGGAGCCCCCAGCACCGCGUGCCCGGCCCCGCGACAGCGAACCCCGGCGCCGCGCCCGCUCCAAGAGCACGCCACGCGCGCCUCCGGGCCUAGCGCCCGCGCCCGCGCCCGCGCCCGCGCCCGCACCCGCGCCCGCGCCCACCUCACCUACAGUGCUGCCGCGCCGAGGCCGGGAUGUCCAACGAGCAGCGCGGGCCGAGGGGUCACCACGCCGGGAGCCCACAUACCCCGCGCUGCGCGCGCUCGCCAAUGAGCUGCAUCCCAUCAAGCUGCAGCCGCAACGGGGCGGCCCGGGCCGCAUCGCGCCCUUAUGCGCCGCUUCCGGCCGCUGUGCCCCACCCGAGCCACCCACUGGGCCUGCUCCUCAUGUCCGCUGCCGCCUGGACAUCAAACCCGACGACGCAGUGCUACAGCACGCCGCCCGGGGCUCGAGGCCCUGCGGGCCCAUUGAGACCACACCCUGGGCCCGCGCCGCCCCUCAGUUCCACGGUCUCACGGUGCCCGGGCCUCGCCAUGUGGCUCUGUCUCGCACUCCCACUCCCAGUGACUCCUACAGCGCGGAUCCCCGAGCGCUGUACUGUGAUGGGCCCCUGCCUGGGCCCCGGGACUACGCGGAGCGCCGAAAUAUGCCCUUUACCACCCCGCCGGUCCCCACUCAAUUCUUCUACACGGAGGAACCGGAGGGCCACCCCAGCGGCUUUAUGACCAGCCCAGGCCCUCCCUUUGACAGCUACUUCCCCAGGCCCUUCCAGCCCGAGGAGAUCCCCGGGCCCAGUCCAAGGCGUGGGGGCGGCUACUAUGCAGGAGAAGUACGCACCUUCCCUGUCCACGAACCGCCCUCCCGUUCCUACUAUGGAGAGGCCCCCAGAGCCUACGGCCAGCCCUGGGGACCGCGCUAUCCCCCUGUGGAGCCCCAGGCCCACCCCGCCACCCGAACCUUUUACACGGAGGACUUAGGACGGUACCGAGACCGCGACGUCCUGGCGCGGACUUACCCACAUCCACGCGGCAGCCUGGCCUGGGGCGACUGGGGCCCACUGCCUUACCGAACCCUGCAGGUGGCGCCCCCCCCAGACCCUGGCCCGUUGCUCGCUUCAUGGCACGGCGGCACCGGCACCAGCCCGCCCCGGCUGGCCACCGAUAGACGCCACUACUCACGCUCCUGGGACAACAUUCUGGCGUCUGGGCGGCGCCGGGAGGACCCCCUGGGACGCGGCCGCAGCUAUGAGAACCUGCUGGGGGGAGAGGCACGGGAGCCACUGGGCACAUCCCCAGAAGGCCGGCGCCAGCCAGUCGUCGUGAACCUGUCCACCUCGCCUAGACGCUAUGCAGCGCUGUCACUGUCUGAGACAUCGCUGUCUGAGAAGGGCCGAGUGGGCGAGGGCCCGGGCCGCAAUUGGUAUGUCACCCCGGAGAUCACAAUCACCGACAACGAUCUGCGCGCCGCCGAGCGCCCGACCACCAGGGGCUGGGAACUGCCGGGGGGCCGCCCGCGGCCGCCCCCGCCAGUCGCCCCCGACGGCCCCACCUCGGGCCGCCAGCGCAGCCUCGAGCAGCUAGACGAACUCAUUACUGACUUGGUGAUCGACUCACGGCCCCUGGCCGGUCAAGCUGCUGACCCCGCGGCUGACAGCCUAGGCCGCCAGCUUCGCCGCCUGCUGGACUCACGGCCCGUGGGCCCUGGGGCCCCCGCGGCCCCCGCGCUGGCGCCGCGCUCGCCACCGGGGUCGGCCGGCAGUGCCGAGGAGCCCGCGGGCGCGGGGCAGGCGGCUGACGCGUCCCCGGAGCCCAGCGCGGACGAAGACGACCUGAUGACUUGCUCCAACGCGCGCUGCCGGCGCACCGAGACCAUGUUCAAUGCCUGCCUCUACUUCAAGUCCUGUCACAGCUGCUACACCUACUACUGCUCCCGCCUGUGCCGCCGCGAGGACUGGGACGCGCACAAGGCGCGCUGCGUGUAUGGCCGCGUGGGCAGCGUGUGCCGCCACGUGCUGCAGUUCUGCCGCGACAGCGGUCCGGUGCACCGCGCCUUCUCGCGCAUCGCACGUGUUGGCUUCUUGUCGCGCGGCCGCGGCGUGCUCUUCCUGGGCUUUCCGAGCCCCGGCUCCGCGGACAACUUCCUGCGCUUUGGCCUCGAGGGGCUGCUGAUGUCACCUACCUACCUGUCCCUACGCGAGCUGGCCACGCACGCGGCCCCCCUGGGCAGCUACGCGCGUGAGCUGGCGGCUGCUGGGCGCCUUUACGAGCCGGCUGAGUGCUUCCUGCUCAGCGUGUCAGUGGCCGUAGGCCCCGGCGCCACACCCCCUGGCGCUCCCACCCGGCCCGCGCCCGCGCCGCGUAGCCCUGGGCCCACGGUGCGCAAGUUCGCCAAGGUGGCACUGGCAGCCGGCAGUCCCGCACGGCCGCCCCCGGAGCAGGGUCGCGAGCCCGAUAUGGAGACGCUGAUCCUGACGCCGCCACCGGGCACCGCAGGCCUGGACCAGGACGGCGAGGCUGGCCGGCGCGCGCGCGAGGUGGCCUUCAUCCACAUCCAGCGCGAGCUGCGACUGCGUGGCGUCUUCCUGCGCCACGAGUUCCCGCGCGUCUACGAGCAGCUCUGCGAGUUCGUCGAGGCCAACCGGCGCUUCACGCCCACCACCAUCUACCCCACGGACCGGCGCACGGGCCGCCCCUUUAUGUGCAUGAUCAUGGCCGCCUCCGAGCCUCGAGCUCUGGACUGGGUGGCCAGCGCCAACCUGCUUGAUGAUAUCAUGUGA